GCCCGAGAAGUACGGAAAUAGUGUCCUCUGCGUGUUUUCUUUGUAAUUUAGCGAAUGUAGUAGUAUGCCAUCCGGGAACUUUUGACAUACUAACCCUAUCCAUUCUUUGAAAAAUAACCAUACUACAUACUCAAAUUACGUUACAAAUAGUACGGGUAUUCGAACGCUUUCUAAAAAGAAGGAAAGACAAAAUGGUUGUAAAGUUAAUUGAAGCUGGAUCGACUGGAGUUGGUUAGCGAGAUAACCUUGGGAUAUUCUAAACUGAAAAACAACAAUACAGCAAACACGGAACUGUUCAUUUGUGUCUGAAGAAUCGUUUAGAUGGUGUGUUGAUGGUUCAAGUUUUUUCCCUAAAUAUUUUGGGCUUUUGUCUCGACUGACGAAUAUCGAUUGCCUUGAUUAGCUACCAUUUGCUUAUUGGCUGUGGUUUUCAUCAACUUUUUUCACAGCAUCAACUAACGCCAAGUUAACACAAUUAGGCAGUUGAAAACUACAGCAUGUCAGGAUCUGAGUGGAUUUGUGGUGAUGGCAGAGCGUCGUGUGGAGUGCUAAUGGAAGAGGCACGUCGCAGAGCAGCUGAAGCAGAGGGACCGUGUGCAGCGGCAUGCCUUCGAGGAGAUCAUCCACCAAUGUUAGUGCCCAUACCAUGUCUCCGUGUUCAAGAUGCUGUUUAUUGACUGGUUUUUGUUUCUGCUGCCUGUGCAGUUUCCCAGAAAGUGUUUGAAGGACAUAUUUGUGGUGUUAUCAGAUAACCAUCUCCUGGAGAAGUCCAAUCUACAGGCUGUCCUUUCAGAGAGAUACCAGUCGGAUAAAUAUGACUUUCAGAACAGACAUGAUGGCAUGUAGGCCAGAAAUACCUUGCUUGUGAAAAAUUCUAAACGGAAUCCUUGGGACGACUGUCACCCUGUUGAAGUUGAAACUGUUAAGCCCGGGGUGGACUCAAGUCGCAGCGACACCUUACAGCAGGAGAUGGCCCAGAUGCGAAUCAGGCACCAUGAGGUACUGACAGAGCUUCAUAAGAAACGGGGAGAGGUCGCUGUGAGCCGAAGGGUGCUUUGACUGGCAGCAACUCCGGGAUCACCAGUAUAGUUUGACAGUGCUGGCUCCUACUUGCUGGCUGCGUCCAAUGACUUUUCCAGUAGGCUGUGUGCUGUGGAUGACUACAGACUGAGGGCUGCGGGAAUGCUAUCGUCCAAGAAGGGGAGUGUGGCUAGGAUGUACAAGGCAAGUCUCUCUCUCUCCAGAAUGCGAUCUCCAGCCAUUUUCACACACUGACAGGCCACAGCGGGAAGGUGCUAGCGGCUCGUUUUCUCCUGGACAACACUCGCAUCGUCUCCGGGAGCUACAACAGGACUUUAAAAUUGUGGGACCUGCGCAGCAAAGUCUGCAUGAAGACUGUGUUUGCUGAUCCAGCUGUAAUGACAUAGUCUGCACAGAGCAGUGUGUCAUGAGUGGCCAGUUCGAUAAGAAAGUGCGGUUCUGGGACAUCAGUGCUCAGGGCUUCAAUUGUGGCACUGACUGGACCAGAGUCACCUUCAGUCCCGAUGGCAGUUAUGUGGCGGGGGGGCUCUGCAGACUGAGUGCUGUAUGUGUGGAACGUCCUGACGGGCAAGUUGGACCGCACCCUGGGCCAGAACCACUGACGAUCCUGAAGGAGGGCAAAUUGGUAAAACAGACCAAUUCGUUCCAGCGCUGGAAGAGACGCUACUUCAAACUGCGUGGGAGGACUCUGUACUAUGCCAAGACUGCCAAGUCCAUCAUCUUUGAUGAGGUUGACCUGACAGAUGCGAGCGUGGCCGAAUCCAGCACUAAGAACGUCAACAAUAGUUUCACUAUCAUCACUCCUUGUCGCCGGCUGAUUCUGUGUGCAGAGAACAGGAAAGAGAUGGAGGACUGGAUGGCAGCCCUGAAGAGCGUUCAGAACAGAGAACACUUUGAGUCCACCCAGUAUAGCAUGGAUCACUUCUCUGGGAUGCAUAACUGGUACGCCUGCUCCCACGCCCGCCCCACCUACUGCAACGUGUGCCGCGAGGCCCUGUCCGGAGUCACCUCGCACGGACUGUCCUGUGAAGUGUGUAAGUUCAAGGCCCACAAACGUUGUGCUGUCCGAGCGACCAACAACUGCAAAUGGACUACUCUGGCAUCCAUUGGGAAGGACAUCAUCGAAGAUGAGGAUGGGAUCUCUAUGCCUCACCAGUGGCUGGAGGGCAACCUGCCAGUUAGUGCUAAGUGUACAGUGUGUGACAAGACGUGUGGCAGUGUCCUCCGACUGCAGGAUUGGCGCUGCCUCUGGUGCAAGGCCAUGGUGCACACGCUGUGUAAGGAGCAGCUGUCCACUAAGUGUCCCUUGGGGCAGUGUAAGGUUUCGGUCAUCCCCCCCACAGCCCUCAACAGCAUCGACUCCGACGGGUUCUGGAAGGCCACCUGCCCGCCUUCCUGCACCAGCCCUCUCCUGGUGUUCGUCAACAGUAAGAGUGGAGACAACCAGGGCAUCAAGUUCCUGCGCCGCUUUAAACAGCUGCUCAACCCUGCCCAAGUCUUUGACCUCAUGAACGGUGGGCCGCACCUUGGUUUACGGCUCUUCCAGAAGUUCGACACGUUCCGGAUCCUGGUUUGUGGGGGUGACGGCAGCGUGGGCUGGGUCCUCUCUGAGAUCGACACACUGACGCUCCACAAACAAUGCCAGCUGGGUGUUCUGCCCCUGGGGACAGGAAAUGACCUCGCCCGCGUCCUGGGCUGGGGCUCGGCCUGUGACGAUGACGCACAGCUGCCUCAAAUACUGGAGAAGCUUGAGAGGGCCAGCACCAAGAUGCUUGACAGGUGGAGUAUUAUGGUGUAUGAGACAAAGUUCCCACGGCAACAUUCCAGCUCUACGGUGACAGAGGAUUGCAGCGAUGACUCUGAGGUGCAACAGAUUCUGACCUACGAAGACUCUGUGGCAGCCCACCUGUCCAAGAUCUUGACUUCAGAUCAGCACUCAGUGGUCAUCUCCUCAGCUAAGGUACUGUGUGAAACAGUGAAGGACUUUGUGGCUCGAGUGGGGAAGGCCUACGAGAAGAACAAGGAGAGCUCCGAGGAGUCAGAGGCUAUGGCCAAGAAGUGUGGGGUUCUGAGGGAAAAGCUGGACUCGCUGCUGAAGACGCUCAACGAGGAGGCGCAGGCAUCUACUAUGAUGCCUGCCCCCCCCCCCACCAUCGCUGAGGAGCAGGAGGAGGGCGAGGGAGUUCUGGUGCCAUCGUCGCCCGCACCCGCCACCAUCUCGUGCUCCCCCAGGCCCCUGACGGCCAUCUUUAAACCCAGGGAACAGCUGAUGCUGAGAGCCAACAGCCUGAAGAAAGCCAUCAGGCAGAUAAUCGAGCACACUGAGAAAGCGGUGGACGAGCAGAAUGCCCAGACUCAGGAGGUGUUUGCUCUGGGGGUGGAGGAGGAAGAGGAGGAGGAAGAGCAGGACAAGCUGUCUCUGCAGUCGUCCUACAGCGGGAACGCCUGUAACAGCACCAGGGGCCAUCCAGUCCGCAGAGUGUCCAAGACUCCUUGUGAGAAGCUCAUCAGCAAAGGAAGCCUGUCAGUGGGCAGUUCUGCGUUACUUCCCGCCCAGACAGGAAGUCGCGAGAACAUGCCGAUGCUCAACACCAAGAUCCUCUACCCAAGUCUCAAGGCUGGUAUCUCUGGCUCCCUCUCCAGCAGUUCAGUCAUCAGCAGACUGCUGGUCAAUGCUGACUCCUUCAGCUGCGACCCAGAGACCUUUGACUGCUACACUGAGAAAUGUGUGAUGAACAACUACUUUGGGAUCGGCCUGGAUGCUAAGAUCUCACUGGACUUCAACAAUAAGAGGGAUGAGCAUCCAGAGAAGUGCAGGAGUCGCACCAAAAACAUGAUGUGGUACGGGGUUCUGGGCACCAAGGAGUUGCUGCAUCGCACCUACAAGAACCUAGAGCAGAAGGUAUUGUUGGAGUGCGACGGGAGGCCUAUCCCCCUCCCCAGCCUGCAGGGCAUAGCUGUCCUGAACAUCCCAAGCUAUGCAGGCGGCACCAACUUCUGGGGCGGGACCAAAGAGGAUGAUACGUUCACGGCGCCGUCCUUUGACGAUAAGAUCCUGGAGGUGGUGGCGGUGUUUGGCAGCAUUCAAAUGGCUGUGUCCAGAGUCAUCAACCUGCAGCACCACCGUAUCGCACAGUGUCGUACAGUGAAGAUCACCAUCCUUGGGGAUGAGGGCGUGCCGGUGCAGGUGGACGGAGAGGCCUGGGUCCAGCCCCCGGGUUACAUCAAGAUUAUCCACAAGAACCGAACGCAGACUCUCACCAGAGACCGAGCCUUCGAGAGCACGCUGAAGUCGUGGGAAGACAAGCAGAGGUGCGAGUUCCCCCGGCCGCUACCCCAGUAUGCAUUGCAGCCGGAGAUCGUAUCCGAGGAAGAAGCCUCCCAGAUCAACCUGUUUGGACAGGCGGCCGGCGCCCUCAUCCACAGUAUCCGAGAAAUCGCUCAGUCCCACCACAGUAUGGAGCAGGAGCUGGCCCAUGCCGUCAACGCAAGCUCAAAGGCCAUGGACGUGGUCUACGCCAAUUCCAAGAGCACAGGGGGUCUGAACUGCAGUGUUGUGGUUCAGAUGGUCAGUAACGUCAAGGCCCUUCACAGUGAGACAGAGCUGCUACUGGCAGGCAAGAUGUGCCUGCAGUUGGAUCCUCCUCAGAAGGAGCAGUUAACUGGAGCCCUGGGAACUGUGGCCCAGCAGCUACGCAGACUCCCAGACAUACCCUGGCUGUGUCAGCUCAUCGAACCUGGGGAUGAUGAGGGACACCUGACGGAUUUCUCCAAGCGCAGCCGCAGUGCCAAGUUCCGUCUCGUCCCCAAGUUCAAGAAGGACAAAAACAACAAGAACAAGGAGGCCUGUGCCACUCUCACACUGCCAGUGCACCAGUGGGGCACAGAGGAGGUAGCCGCCUGGCUGGAGCUCAUCUGUCUCACCGAGUACAAGGAGAUCUUUAUUGGGCACGACGUGCGCGGCGCCGAGCUGCUGCACCUGGAGAGGAGGGAUCUCAAGGACUUGGGGGUGACGAAGGUUGGUCACAUGAAGCGUAUUCUCCAGGGUAUCAGAGAGUUGAGUCGCAGCAGCACUGCCAGCGAAGCCUAGGCUCUCUCCUGUACAACUGUGUGUGCUGCACCAGACCCUCUACCUAAACUGACUGUACCCAGCCAUGCUGUACACACACCUACCGAGCCUUGAACAGCUUGAACCCAACGGGACCUCUAUACACUCAAAUAUGGAUAUGAGUUUAGUCAACCAAUAAAAUUUACCACAGUGCCUUUCUUCACACCCCAUCUCUGCAGCGUCCAUGUCUGGGAUCAACCAACUGAACUGCAAACGGAGGAGGCCAAACCACUAUCGCCACUGGGGAGGGGUGUUCAAUGAUGUCAGUUAAGAGUAGAAGGUCAGGAGAGAUUGCAGAGAAUCCAAUCGGGCUGACUACCAGGAACAAAGUCUGCUGACAGAAAAACUCAACUACCCAGAAUGCCUUAUCAACAAACCAGCGCCAGACUCCACCAAUUAACGUUUGACCAAUUGACCUUUUUAAACAGUUGAUACAUUUCAGAAGCUUGUUUGCCAAGUCAAGGAAGAUUCAGAAACUAGCAAGGCUGCAUCUCAAAUGACCCUAUUCCUCAUAUAGGACACUAUUUUUGACCAGAGCUUCAUAGGUCAAGAGGUAAUGCACUGCAUGAUACUAGGAGGUGUCUUUUGAACAUAUAGAGUGGGCACCAUAGGUUAUAUUUCCAUAGUUUCCACUGACUGGAUCAUGGAAAAUACUUAUGGAAGAGGCUGAGUUUUUCUAUUGAAAUAUGCAUCUAUUUAUUUCUUAUGCGUUGUACUGGAUAUGUUGAGUUUGAAUGUGUUUGAACCAGAAUGUUUCUGAAAAUGACGUGGGAUGCCAGGUAAUAUGUUCCCAAAAGAAAAACAGAUAGACUGGAAGAGGUCUGAACUACAAGGAUAAGCAGCGACAAUCAACCAAUCACUCCAACAACCUUCGGCCUUUUCCCAGGUGCAUGUGUAAUUUCUCUUUCUCCUCCAUCUCUCAUAGUCCCUGUCCUUUUUAUAUGAAUAACAAUUACAAUUCUAACUACCUAGGUUGAAUGCGGGGCUGGUAAAUUAGACGAAAGCGACGACCCUGCUUUGUCACCAAAUGUCAUUUUAGAGAGUGAUGGGCCCCCGAUGUUCGUGUUUAUUAUUGCACAUCAGAGAUUCAGGUAGUCUCCCCAUUUCAAAAGGUUUCCCUCCUACUGAACACAACACUUAUGUAUUGUAGGGAAAAGCUAAACUUGACCAUGCCUUAAAUAAUCUACAAACUGUCACAUAUCAGGCAGAUCUCUUGGUGUGUGGAGCAUGUCAAUAAGAUCAUUUUUCGAACACUGCCUUAAGAUGAUUCACCUCGGUUAAAGUAGUUUCCCGGACCCAGGUUAAGCCUAUUUCUGGAUUAAACAUGCACACUCAAUGGAGAAUCUACCUCGAAAGUGCUUUUUAGUCCAAGAGUGGGCUCAAUCUGGGUCCAAGAAACUGUCCGGUAAUGUUUAAGGCCUCUGGUUUUUCCUGACCAUGUUAUAUCCUGAAACUCAAAUCAACCACUAGUCCCUACCCCUGUGGGCAUUUGUGUAGAUAUGACAGGAUUGGAUCGGUCAAUAAACAAUAUGGUGGCAGCUCAGUUUUGCCCCCCGACAGGCCAGGUGGAAUUGUCGCCAAUGGCUUAUACCUAUCCUCUUAGGUCUGCACAAACGAAUAGGAGGUAGGGAUUAAGGGUUUAUUUGGGAUUCGGUAAUAUCUAGGGUAUAAUAAGUAUGGCCCAGUGUUCUUCCUGGUCAAGUCCCUGGGUCAGGAGACACUCUUUGGCCUAGUCAUGUUCUCUCCCACUCAGUCCCGUGUGGAUGUCCAGGUUCUGUUUUAUGUCUGGCUGUGCAGUGAUGCAAUUGUUUUCAUUAUGGUCUGUAUGGUCAUAUAAUUUCCCUCCUCGCAACAUUUGGGGUUGUCCUUUUCUUCUUUGCUUGUCGAGAACCCCUGGGAAGCGGUCUCUUCCGUUCCAGUAUUUAUUGAUAAUUUAUACAUUAGAAAUAAUACUGUAUGCUAUACCUCUUUUUUCCAUGUACAUAAGCCCGACCCACUUGGUUGUAAAUAUGUCUGUCUUGUAUAUUGAAAUAUCGCCAUCCUGUAAUAAAAAUGGUAUAUGUGUGA